AUGGCGAAUAUGGUGAGGGAGAUUUUGGCAAGGCCAAUACAAUUAGCAGACCAGGUGAGCAAGGCUGCAAAAGAAGCACAAUGUUUCAAACAAGAUUGCUUGGAGCUCAAGGCCAAGACGGAGAAGCUAGCAGGCCUUUUACGCCACACAGCUCGUGCAAGCAAAGAGCUUUAUGAGCGUCCAACCUGUCGCAUCAUUGCUAACACACAACAAGUCCUUGACAAAGCACUUGCACUCGUUAACAAGUGCCGUGCCAAUGGUAUCUUGAAGAGGGUGUUCACUAUUAUCCCAGCUGCUGCGUUUAGAAAAACGUGCCUGCAGCUCGAGAAUUGUAUUGGGGAUGUGUCGUGGUUGCUUAGAGUGGCUGAUAGGCUUCUGGGUCUUCCUCCAAUUGCAGCCAACGAGCCGAUUCUAUGUCUAAUAUGGGAAAAAAUUGCGGUUCUACACAAUGGGUUGUCAUCGUUAGAGGACCGUGUAGAGGCGGCUGCUUUUUUGGUUUCGUUGGCUCAGGAUAAUGAUCGAUACAGGAAGCUUAUUAUUGAGGAAGGUGGAGUGGCUGGACUUUUGAAGUUGGCUAAAGAAGGAGGAUCUGAAGGUCAGGAGAAUGCUGCCAAGGCUAUUGGUUUGCUGGGACGUGACCCGGACAGUGUCGAACACCUUGUGAAUGCUGGUGUUUGCCUAGUGUUUGUGAAAAUCCUCAAAGAAGGGCACAUGAAAGUUCGUGCUGUGGUGGCUUGGGCAAUGUCAGAACUAGCUGCAAAUCACCCGAAAUGCCAAGAUCAUUUUGCUCAGAACAAUGCAAUUCGUUGGCUUCUUAGUCAUCUUGAAUUUGACACCAUUCAAGAACAUAGUAAGUAUGCCAUUGCCAGCAAACAACAACAAAUCUCUAUGCAUUCGGUUGUGAUGCCUAGUAUUAGUACUAAUCCGAAUCAAAAUGAUAAAAAGGAACAUGAAGAUGAGGGAGCUAGCAUUAAGGGUGAGAUGAAGGCAAUGGUGGCAAGAGCCCUUUGGCAACUAUGUAAGGGAAAUGUGGCUAUUUGUCAGAACAUCACGGAAUCAAGAGCACUUUUAUGGCUUGCUGUUUUGUUAGAAGAAGGACAUGAUGAGGUUCAAUCCUAUUCUGCCAUGGCAUUAAUGGAGAUCACGUCUGUGGCCGAGCAAAACACAGAGUUAAGGCGCUCGGCUUUCAAGCCCACUUCCCAUACUGCAAAAGUUGUAGUCGAAAAGUUACUUAAUAUUAUAGAGAAAGCCAACUCAGACCUUCUUGUACCCUGCAUCAAGUCAAUUGGAAACUUGGCUAAGACUUUCCGAGUAAAAGAAACAAGAAUUGUCAGGUCCUUGGUGAGACUGCUUGAUGAAAGUGAACCUGAGGUUUCUAUGGAGGCUGCCAUUGCGCUUAGCAAGUUUGCAAGCCCUGAAAAUUAUCUCCACGUUGAUCAUUGCAAAGCCAUCAUAGAUGCAGGAGGGGCUGAGCACUUAAUUCAGCUGGUUUACUUUGGUGAGCAAAGAGUACAAAUUUCUGCACUGGUUCUGCUUUGUUAUCUUGCAAUGCAUUUACCUGACAGUGAGACACUCGCACAAGAGAAGGUGCUUAUUGUGCUUGAGUGGUCAUCAACGCAGGCUCAUCUGAUCAAAGAACCGUGGAUUGAAUAUCGAUUACACCAAGCCAAAAGUAGGUUGGAACCAUAUCAGUCCAGGGGUUCAAGAGAAUUCCAUUAG